GGCCUCAAAUAAUCCUCCCAUCCUGGCUUCCUAAAGCGCUAGGAUUAAAGGUGUGAGCCACUGCGCCCAGUCUAGAAUUGUUUCUUAGGAAUAAAAGCACAAGUUUGUAAAAAUAAAUGUGGAAGGAUGUAUAUGGUGGCAUUAACUUAACGCUGACUUUUUAAAAAAAAAUUUGGCACAAAAAGGUGCUUGUAAGUGCUCUACUUGUUUCUGAACAUUUAUUUCUCCUCAUAGUUAAUUCCUAAGCAAAUCUUAUCCACUUUACCUCCGAAAUAUGUUCUAGAUCUGUUCACUCCUCUCUACCAACAUUGUUUUUCCUAGUCAAUAAACAUAGAUCAACCUAAUAAAAAUUGUGUAAUACUCUUAAUUUUGGAUAUAUCAUAAAUAUGCUACCAUUUAAAAAAUAUUUAACUACUAUAAUUAACAAACAGUAUGAAUUACAGUAGAGAUUUAAUGUUUAAUUUCAAAAAGAUUCCAUAAAUUCUGACAAAUGCAAACAUAUUUACAGUAACUUUUCUUACAAUCACUGGAUUACUUUGGUCUUUGGUUUUAUUGGCAAGAGAGAUUCGUGAAAACCAUGACUAGAUGAACAUUGGAGGAAGCAUUCCCAAGCAUUAUACACAUAAUUUUAGUUUUGCACAUUUUUUUGUCUACUGUUACCUUGUUAUAAAAUUAUCUUUUUUUCAAGGAAUGCUUCGUAAAGCUUAGUUCUAAUAUUACAGAAUUCAUAGUUAUGUAAUUAAUCUCAAAAUCACUAACCAUUGAAGACCCCUGCUACUUUUGCUUCCUAUAACACGAAGUCUAUCAUCUCCUUGAUAAUUUCUAAUUUCCAUCCUUAGAACUUCUUCAGCUCUGCUACUUUUUCCUUAAGACCAGGGUCAUAGGCAGCACACUGGUGAUAACUCACAGUCUAGAUAUAUUGCAUUUUGUUUACAAUUUUGUGUAAAUAGUUGUUAUUUUCUAUGUUCAGCAUCUUGCUGGCUGCCUUGGGUACAGUACCUCAAUUGAAUGUCUUCACCUGCAUAUUUGUGGACAUUGAAAUCAUCUACCAUUUUUCAGAUACACUACCUUGUGAUAUAAAAAAACACAAGCCAAAAAAAAAAAAAAAAAAAUCCCAAGGAAUUUCUGAAGGAGCCUCUCUUAACUAUUCCGCUGUUGUUAGAAUAAUGAGUAACACUGGUAUAACAUUCUACAAUUUACAAGAACAUUUAUCUGCUUCAUGAAACCUCAAAACAAACCUUUGAGACUUUCAGGAUCCUAACCACUUUACAGAUGAAGAUAACUUACAUAAAAGUUAUGGGGUUUCCUGGAUCUGAAUCCUUUACUCUUCACAUUAUAUUAUUUUGCCUUCCCCAAAACUAAUCAAGGACUCCGUUUUUUCUUUUUUCUUUCUCGAAACCAUUUCCUCCAUAUUAGUUCUCUUCGGAAUAGACGCCUUUUAAAAAGUCCUCGUUAGUGUAUCUUCAGGGAAUCACAAAUUCACUAUGCUAUUUAUAAUUCAUGAGUUUCUCUAUGGUAGCAAGGCAGUAAAUACAGAUGAAGUAAUAAGUAUGCACUUGAUAUUACUUAACACCCAUACCCCGUGUAAAAAUACUGCUGGUGUACAGUGUGUGUGUUGGUGACGCCGGAGGAAGUGGCCGUGAACAGGCUUAAUGCCGCAUUGAGUAACUUCAACCUCAUCUUGCUCAGGUUCGUAUCUCUCUUGAAUUUCCCAUGGUAAGCGCAAGAUGCAGGAUCCGUUCUCACAGUUUUUUGCUUACCAGUUGACGUUGGCUGCAUUCAGGAACGCCUCGCUCUCUUAAGCCACAGUGCCUUCCUGGUCUCUUCUUCACAGGGUUUUCCACAAUCGCUGUUUUUCCUGGGCACGCUGGUUUGCUGAAAGUCGGGGUGGCGGGGCCCAAGUUUCCAGGCCAAUUACCUACCUGCCUUAGAGCAAUUACGCACUUGUCUCUGGGUGUGCCUGAAAUGGUCUAAUCAUCAGAUCGCCCUAAUGAACGCCCAGCUUCUCCUGAUCGUUUCUUGCUUACGGCUCAGUUCAGACAGUAUUUGUUCCGGGACUCUCAGCGGGAGGCGGUGUUUACCGGCUCACUUGAGACCUCAAUUCCAGACGCCCCGGGACCGUGUUUGGCCUUCCCAUUCGGACGCUGCGGCUGCGCUUUCCUCUCCUAACAUCACGCUGGCGAACCUCGGAAGGAUCAAAUUGUCCCACUCGCCAACCUAGCGCGGCGGGACCGGCCCAAAAGGGCCUUUGCAGCCUGCGCAUGCGGACUCGGCGACCGCCACAGACUCCCCGUCGGCUUCCCUCCGAGCGGCCGCGGCGGUUUGGAGCUUGCUGACAGCUCUGCGACCGGCAGACGCAGCCUCGUCUCGUGCUUCCACGUUAUCCUAUCAGAGACGGGGCGGGGCGGCGACCUCCGCAGCCUAUCAGCGCGAACCACGACCCCGGCGAGCCCGGGAGGAAAGCCGCCAGAAAGAAGGCGAUUGGACGACGGCGGCGCUCCGGGGCGUAGCGUCGCCCGGGCCCCGCCCACCGCUGCCUUCCUCUGCUGGGUUCCAGAGCCGCUGAGGCCUGAGCGAGAGCCGACCGGGGCGGGCGCAACUGCUGCCGGAGCGCCGGCGCGUGCUGGUGGGCCACACACUCUUCCUUCUCUUCACUUGGCGAGCCCUCGGACAUGGUGGCCCCCGGCUCCGUGACCAGCCGGCUGGGCUCGGUGUUCCCCUUCCUGCUAGUCCUGGUGGAUCUGCAGUACGAAGGUGCCGAAUGUGGAGUAAAUGCAGAUGUUGAGAAACAUCUUGAAUUGGGCAAGAAAUUACUUGCAGCUGGACAGCUAGCUGAUGCUUUAUCUCAGUUUCAUGCUGCCGUAGAUGGUGACCCUGAUAACUAUAUUGCUUAUUAUCGGAGGGCUACUGUCUUUUUAGCUAUGGGUAAAUCAAAAGCUGCACUUCCUGAUUUAACUAAAGUGAUUCAGUUGAAGAUGGACUUCACUGCAGCAAGAUUACAGAGAGGUCACUUAUUACUCAAACAAGGAAAACUUGAUGAAGCAGAAGAUGAUUUUAAAAAAGUGCUCAAAUCUAAUCCAAGUGAAAAUGAAGAAAAGGAAGCGCAGUCUCAACUUAUAAAAUCUGAUGAAAUGCAGCGUUUGCGUUCGCAAGCACUUGAUGCUUUUGAAAGUGGAGAUUAUGCUGCUGCUAUAGCCUUCCUUGAUAAGAUUUUAGAGGUUUGUGUUUGGGAUGCAGAACUACGGGAACUUCGAGCUGAAUGUUUUAUAAAAGAAGGAGAACCUAGGAAAGCUAUAAGUGACUUAAAAGCUGCAUCAAAGUUGAAGAAUGAUAAUACUGAGGCGUUUUAUAAAAUAAGCACACUGUACUACCAGCUAGGAGACCACGAACUGUCCCUCAGUGAAGUUCGGGAAUGUCUUAAACUUGACCAGGAUCAUAAAAGGUGUUUUGCACACUAUAAACAAGUAAAGAAACUUAAUAAGCUGAUUGAGUCAGCUGAAGAGCUCAUCAGAGACGGCAGAUACACAGAUGCUACCAGCAAAUAUGAAUCUGUCAUGAAAACAGAGCCAAGCAUUGCUGAAUAUACAAUUCGUUCAAAGGAGCGGAUUUGCCAUUGCUUUUCUAAGGACGAGAAGCCUGUUGAAGCUAUUAGGGUUUGUUCUGAAGUUUUACAGAUGGAACCCGACAAUGUGAAUGCCCUGAAAGACCGAGCAGAGGCCUAUUUAAUAGAGGAAAUGUAUGAUGAAGCGAUUCAGGAUUAUGAAACUGCUCAGGAACACAAUGAAAACGAUCAGCAGAUUCGAGAAGGUCUAGAGAAAGCACAAAGAUUAUUGAAACAGUCGCAGAAACGAGAUUAUUAUAAGAUCUUGGGAGUAAAAAGAAAUGCCAAAAAGCAAGAAAUCAUUAAAGCAUACCGAAAAUUAGCACUGCAGUGGCACCCAGAUAACUUCCAGAAUGAAGAAGAAAAGAAAAAAGCUGAGAAAAAGUUCAUUGACAUAGCAGCUGCUAAAGAAGUCCUCUCUGAUCCAGAAAUGAGAAAGAAGUUCGAUGACGGAGAAGAUCCCUUGGAUGCAGAGAGCCAGCAAGGAGGCGGCGGCAACCCUUUCCACAGAAGCUGGAACUCAUGGCAAGGCUUCAAUCCCUUCAGCUCAGGCGGACCGUUUCGAUUUAAAUUCCACUUCAAUUAAACCAACUGUUUUUCUGCUCUUCUUCCUUAAUUUUUUUAAAGAUUAAAAACAAAGAAAUCUUCCUCCGGGACCCUAAUGAAAAAAGAAUUCAAAUCUUUGUUUGUCCAUGACCAAAGAGUUGCUUUAAUAGGAAAAAAAUCUGUUCUUAUCCCUGUUAGAUUUAUGGUUAAUGGGUUUGCAAUGGCAGGGAGGCAAGGAAUGGUUCUAUUUCUGACAGAGCAGCCUGCAUCUGUUCUAUGCUGUGUGGAGGAAGUGGUCUGAGGCAGGCUCACCUGUGGACGUGCUCACGUAUUCUGUAUUUUUCUACACUGGAGCUGAGAUUCUUCUCUUCACAGCCUUGCAGAGUAAGUCUGUGCCUACAAAUGUAAGAAGGAGCUGUAAUCUUCAUGAGAAUGGUUAGUAGAGAACAUGAACGUUUUUGAGCUGUGCUUCGAUGUGGUCUAGUCACUUGUGAGUAGCUGUGAAAGCUUUAGUGUGCAUGUGUUUACACCUCUGUGGUCUGUCAACAUGGCUGUCACUGAAGGAGCAAGAGACCAUCUUUUAGGAACCCUGGCACCAAAUGGUAAUAUAUCCAGGCUUAGACUUUGGAUUAAUGUUAAAUGUACAUUUUUUUUUUUUUGGUUCAGUACCUGAAGAAUACUGAAACUUGAAUCUAUAAAUUCCUAUGGACCCUUUUAAUAUUAAACACAACAAAUUAAAAGUUAUGGGUCAAAUAGGUUCAGAUAAAAUAGUGGUGGUAUUUAAAAUAAUAUUGCUGAAGUGCAGAUUGAAAUACUUUUUAAACAACUGAAGUUGUGAGUUUUUAUAGAGAAUUUCAUGUAACAAGACUGGCUUAGAAACGUAAAGUUGCACAGUCAACAUAAAUAAAUACAGAAUGCCAUGGUUCCCACUUUUAAGUAAAGACAGUUGGCAGCUUCUCCUUCUCUUACACCAAGGCUUGACCUUAUCUUAAAGGUCUCUGGUGCCUCCCACAUGGGACUUGUCUGCUGGUAUGUGUUAAACAGUAGGCCUGCCCUUUUACCAGAUCUUGAUGCGUCUGAUGUUCUCCUGCCUACAAGAAAAUACAGGCUUGCAAGUUUAGUCAGGUCUGGCUGUAUUUCCACUGUUGUUUCAUUUAAUAAGAUGACAUCUCCUCUUGAGAUACAUUCUUCUUACCUUUUAAGAAGAUACUGUUUAAGAAGUGAACUAUUCAGUCUUUGUAUACUGAAUGCUUUUUCCCUAAAAAAUGUUACUUUAAUCAAGAAUAUUGAAUAUUUAUGGAACUCUUGAUGCUGCAUUUGAAAGCUGAGGGAAUUACUUUAGAUAGGAAUUGCUACCUUUAUUCUGGAAAGGUUUUGUUUCUGCCUCAAAGCAUUUUGAAGUGUUUUAACCAUUAAAGGGUCUAAUUUUUUUAAUGAAAUCAAGCAUUUUAAUUCACUGUGGGAGGCAUCCUGACCACAGACAUCCAUAACAGCAAAGCACAAACCGUUUUCAUUCGUAGUCUUAUCCUGAAAUAUACAUGGACAAACUUUUAACUGGGAGACAAAAACCACAUAGUUGAAUUGAGCAAAACAUUUAAGUGCUUUCUGCAUCUAUUUAGGAGUCUAUUUCUUACCAAUAAACUUGACAGUGCAUUUGGAAAACUAGUGAACACCUUGCAGCUUUCAUUUUGCUUCAAUGUUUCGAUUCAAGCCAGUGUAAAAAUAAUUUCCAAGGCAUUUCUGUCUAUUAUUUAGUAAUCUCACUACUGGCUAUGUCAGCAAUAUCUUUUUCAGUCUCUUUCCUUUUGUAUAUGUCACUGACCUCUUUGAAAUAUAGUGAUGGCUUUUACCUACUUUGAAAAGAAUUUUCAUAUAGAAUCAGAAAAAAAGGAAAUAUCAAAUCACUUGCCCUCCACUUGGAGAGCACGACAGUUGCCAACAAGGGGUCAAGGGCCGCACAGGAGACGUGUCCCGGGCCUGGCCACCUCCCACCCGCUGCCCAGAGGCUUGUUUGCAUUUUCAUUUUUUCUCCGCCUGUAACAACCAUAGUUUCAGUUUCUAAAUUCUUAUCAUGGAUUUAAGUUAGUCAUCUUAACUGAUGUGCAGAGUUACUUGCCUGUUUUCAGUGAAGAGAGAGAAGCAGCUCUGGUGCCACAUACCAGUGCCAUGGAGGGAAAUGAAUUCUCUGCAAUCUGUUUUGCUGAUUCAUGAAGAAAGUAACAACUGUUGAGUUUCAGCCUUGAUGGCCAUUAGCAAUUUUCUGGUGUCCACCCAAAUGGAAAGACAGUCAUUCCCUGCUUCCCCUAAACGGUGACUGAGCAGCAGCCUGGAUGUUAAAGAGAUAGUCACUCCCCUUGCCUGACUGUAGGGUAUCAUUAGCCAUUGUAAAACCGUACUACUUUCAUUUUCCCUUGGGGACUGCAGGUGCCAGGUAAACUUUUUUUUUUUUUUUUGAGACAAGAGUCUUGCUCUGUUGCCCAGGCUGGAGUGCAGGGAUGCCUCCCGGGUUCAAGUGAUUCUCCUGCCUCAGCCUCCAAGUAGCUGGGACUACAGGCGUGCACCACCAUGCCUAAUUUUUGUAUUUUUAGUAGAAACGGGGUUUCACUGUGUUAGCCAGGAUGGUCUUGAUCUCCUGACCUUGUGAUCUGCCCACCUUGGCCUCCCAGAGUGGUGGGAUUACAGGCAUGAGCCACCGCGCCCGGCCAUCAGGCAACCUCUAUGGCUCUUUCAGGAAAAGUGAAAUCAGAGAGGAGUACCCUAGCCAUAGCUCUGUUAUAUUCUGCUCUUCUUUCCUUUUUGGUGAGCUCCAUGGGUGGAGUUAUCAGGGGUCUGUACUUUGUGGAUAUUUUGCCCAGCAGGAAGUAAUAGACAUAUCAGUCUAGAAGCACUGUGAAAAGUUUCCAAAACGGGAGACAAAAUUUAACCCAUUCCUCAGUUCUGAAAGUUUGUGCUGUCUUACCAUGAAUAGAUGAAAACUUGAAAAAAAUCUCGACAGCUUACUAAUGUGAAUCGGAUGUAACAUACUACUAAUUCUACAAUGUCUUUAGUCAGUAUUAAAAAUCUUUUUUAAAGUAUUGGUAUGAAAACAAAUUUUUGUUGCCCUGAUGAUGGAAUUUUAAAACUACCCAUGGUUUAGGAGAAAACAUAAUGUAAAAAAGGUAGCCAAUAAAACCACAAUUUGAAAUUGAUACCAUUUUCUACUCACCAUGGAUGAUGAAAAAUUUCACCUUUAAAUGGAUCAGAAGUUGUCUUUGACAUUUACCAUGAAAAAACUACAUAAAAUGGCUCCCUGGUGAGGUUACAGACACAGGGCCCUGGUGAUGGGCGUUGCAAAGUUUUCAUCGAGCACACGGCAAUGGUAUAACCUAGAGAAGUUCAUGCAACUUUGUUGAAUGUAGUUGACUUUUCCAAAUUUAUAAAGGAAGAAGGCAAAUGUUAAUUUGCCAACAACUAAUAUCCUUUUUCUAAAUCAGAUCAUUCCUUUUUUGUUAGUGGCAGUUUAUCCUGUAAUUUCAAAUGACGUUAAGAGGUGGGAUUAUUUGGGGUUUUUUCUUUUUGUUUACAGAAGAUCUCAUUUGCUGAAUGAUUUAAGAGUAAAAUUAGCCACUGCGUGGCUUUGUGUAUAGUAACCGGUUUUGUUGCACUUGUCUGUGGCUGAAACACUUACCUGCAGUGGAAAGCCGAGCAAGGAGGAGGUAAACAUUGGAGAUGUUUGUGAAAAUAUUACUCUUACCAUGAGGUUUUAGUUUGUUUUGAAUGAGAAAAGACUAGGUAACUUAAUCCAUCUCAAUAUAGUGUUUUAAUAAAAAAGGAACCUAAUAUUUGAAAUGGGUCUCAGACAUGUCUACAAAUAUGGGUACUAUUUUUAUGCCCUUGUAUUUUCACAUUUAAUAAAAAUAUUUAUGGUCAUAUCAGUA